AACUUCCAAACCGAUAAAAUUGGGUCACAGACGCUAUUAUUAUUCUUAUUAAUUUUAUAAUUUUUCCUCUUUUUCGUUGCUGUUAUGUCACUCAAUCCACUUUGAUCAUCAUCAUUCUCUUCAAGAAACAGAGGAGUUCCUUAAUUUGCCCCAAAAUUCAACCCACCCAUCACCCAAUCUCACUUAAUCUGCAAAUCAAUUAGCAAAUCCAAGUUAUUAGGAACCAAACAUGUUCGGAUUUGACUUCUGUUGCAGCGAUAAAGACGGUGAAUUGAACUAUUUAUUGGUUGAAGAACCAAAACCAUUUUUUCUUCCUUCACCUCUGCCUCAAUGGCCGCAAGGUCAAGGUUUUGCUACAGGAAGAAUAAACAUCGGCGAAUUAGAACUCGCCAUGAUUAAAGAUUUCGAAAUUAUAUCGAGUUACACCCCAAAAAAAUCAAAAACCGGCGGUGUAACAUUUUACAAACCUGUCUCAAUACCCGACGGGUUUUUCACCUUCGGUCACUACAGUCAGCAAACCGAUCAACCGCUUCGAGGCUACGUCCUCGUUGCCCGAACUGCCCAAAACACCGAAACCACGUAUCCUCCGCUAAAAACGCCUCUGCGUUACGACCUAAUCUGGUUUUCGGAGACUGUUUACGUAUGGCAACCGAUUCCACCAGAGGGUUAUCGAUGUUUGGGAUUCGCAGUCACCGUUGAUGAAACGGAGCCUGAUGUCGAAGAAGUUAGAUGUGUUCGAGACGAUCUUACUGAAAACUGCGAAGUGGAUGAUGUGAUUCUCGAGAUCUCGAAGAGUCUUAAGCUUUGGAACACGAAAGCCUGCAAAACCGGGAUUUUCUGUCGAGGGGUGACCGUCGGGACUUUUUUUUGCAGUACGGAUACGAAUUUCGACGACGAACUGGAUAUUUGUUGCCUGAGGAAUGUGAACUUUAAUCAUGAAGCGAUGCCGAAUUUGGAGCAAGUAGAGGCGUUGAUCGAUCAUUACGGGCCCACGGUUUACUUCCAUCCCGACGAGGUUUACUUACCGUCGUCGGUGCAGUGGUUUUUCGACAACGGUACGCUUCUUUUCAAGAAAGGGAAAGAGAAUGGGAUACCCGUUGAAUCCGGCGGGUCAAACUUGCCGCAAGGCGGGAAAAACGACGGCGAAUAUUGGUUGGACUUGCCGGAGGAUACCAACGACGAAACGUUGGUAAAAAACGGUAAUCUCGAAAGCGCGGAGCUUUACGUGCAUGUUAAACCGGCGUUAGGCGGUACGUUUACCGACAUUGCGAUGUGGAUUUUCUGCCCGUUUAACGGGCCGGUUACGUUCACCGUCGAGUUUUUAAACAUAAACAUCGAGAUGAACCGGGUGGGCGAACACGUCGGGGAUUGGGAGCAUUUUACGCUGCGGAUAAGCAACUUUAACGGCGAGCUAUGGAGCGUGUAUUUCUCGGAGCAUAGCGGAGGCGAGUGGGUGGACGCGAGUAACUUAGAGUUCAUCGACGGGAACAAACCGACCGUUUACUCUUCGAAAUGCGGGCACGCUAGCUUCCCGAACGCGGGGACAUACAUCCAAGGGUCUACUAAACUCGGUAUCGGGAUUAAAAACGACGUCGAUAAAAGCGACAAGUUUAUCGACGCGAGCAAACGGUAUAAGAUCAUAGCCGCGGAGUAUCUAAGGGGCGUUGUGGAGGAGCCCGACUGGCUGCAGUAUAUGCGGGAGUGGGGGCCGACGGUGUUGUAUGACGGGCGGUCAGAGCUCGAAAAGAUCCUUAAACACCUGCCGAUUUUCAUCCGGCUGGCGGUCGAGACGGUGGUCGAUUUUUUUCCGAUGGAACUCUAUGGUGAGGCAGGCCCAACAGGGCCUAAAGAGAAGGAUAAUUGGUAUGGUGAUGAAAGAUGUUAAAAUGUGUAUGGUGUUUGUUUAGUAAUAGUAAUGUUCAUAUGGGUAGGGCUAGAUAGAAAACCCUAUCUAUAUAAAAAACCCUAGAAAACCCAACCUCCCGACAUUUUUUUUUUUUUGAAAAAAAUAACACAUGUAAUAUACAUGUUUUUAAGAGUUUU